ACUCCGGAUGCCAAGAUGGAAAAGUUGCGCGCUAUGCUGGACCUUUGCGUGGCGCACCAGAAGGUGCUGGGCUACGGGACUGUGUCUCUGCUGACUCUCGGCAGCGAACGCAUCUUCUCUGACGUGGUGUUCAAAUGCCCGUGCAACUCCUGGAACUUGCCGUACGGCGCGGUCUUCCUGCUGGUGCCCGCUCUGAUCCUGUUCCUGCUCGGCUUGCUGCUCAGUUCGCGGUCCUGGAAGGUGCUGACGGGCUGCUGCGCCCCCUCGAGGCCGUGUAGGUGUGCGCACGGCGGUCGCCUCUGGCGCCACUUUAAAGUGCUGGGCCUGUCGAUGGCCGGGGCCGCUGUGGCGCCCUUGACGUGGAUCGCCGUGGCCCUGCUGAGGGGCAGCUUCUACGAAUGCGCUGCGACCGGGACCGCGGUGCUGCAGAGAUACGCGUGCAGCAGCGAAGUGGAGACGUGCACGGAGGCCGUGCUGCAGGCGCCCUGCCAGAGCCCCGACUCGUCCCAGAAGGUACCCGGCCUGCUCCCGUCGCUUCGCGCGCAGUCUCAGGUGAUUGGAUGGAUUUUGAUUGCCAGUGUCUUCACAUUAGUCCUGAUUACCACCUGUAUCUCCCACUGCCGUUCUCCUAUCAGUAUUCUUCAGCUGGCAUUCUGGAAAAUAUACACGGAGCAAGAGCAGCGUCUCUUUGAGGCCAAGGCCAAGGAACAUGCAGCUCAACUGGCAGAGAAGAAUAUCAAUUACUUCUUUGGCUGUGCUGAGUGGGAAUCACUUUCCACUCCAAGUCCCAAAGCCUGGCACAACAUUUCCUCUCUCUUUGCCUUUAAUCCUGAGGAACAUUACUAUAGCAUGAUACACAAGUAUGCUUCCUACAAAGCCAAAAAUGGCAGCAUUCAAUCUACUGAAGGAGAUACGUUUCCCGUUUGUCUGACAUUUGUGGAUAGUGCAACUGGUCAGAAUCAAGUGAUAUAAUGACAAAAUGUGGUUAGCAUCCCAGGCUCCAUCAUGAGGAGAUCUUUAACUGAACAUGGCUAUGCACUUGUAUCAGAGAGAAUUUGACCCUGCACUGAUGACUAGCUUUGCUUUUUCAAAACAUACGUGUUACAGCUUUUAGUUGUGCUCUUAAAGAAUUGUCUUUAUGUAAGGCCAAUUUUUGUGUGACUAUCGUAGGAGAUGUUUUCAAGAUCAGUGUUUGAAUAAACAUUGGCAGGAAGGACCGUUUCAGAGCUUACAAUCCAUGAUGUCCUGAGGCUUUCAUGUAUGCCCAGAGAUUCUUUGGCUCUUCUUUUAAGGAAACCCAUAUUUCAAGAGUAGCUCAUUUGCCCACCUAGUAUACUGAGAAGGGGUCUCUCCUGCACAACCCACUGGGUCCUGGCCUAGGAAUGGACCCAUUCUGCAAAGGGUUCUCCCCAUCCUGCCAGUCCGGCUACAGGGGGAAUAUGUCUCAGUCCUUAAACAUUGUCAUAAUGUACAGUGUCAUUCUCAUUAUUGGAGCAUCAUAAACGUUGAGACACUUUUAUUGGAAAGCCUUCCUGAAAGGCUUCCAAAUUAAAGCUUUCUGUAUUUCAAUACUGAUGUAUAGUAUAAUUCAUUCAAAAGAAUAACUACCCCAAUGCAUUGAGUGAAGAGGAAAUAUGUUGAUGGAUUUUUGUAAAUAUGAACACAUACAGGGCACAAACCAGUCCCAGGUGCAGCAACAAUUCAGUUUUCAUUUAGGGUGUAUGACAUGCUGUUCUUGAAAAGGUCUUGAGCAUUUCUCUCCAUUGCUUUUGGCUGUUCUCACAGAUGACCUAAAACAGACUUUCAGUGUCUUAUGGGGAAAGUGGAAGGUGUACCCACUCCAUUGCACAGUGCAGCACUGGUGAUCAUAUUUCUGUUAACUCUGCUCAGUGAGAUCACAGUGGUAGGCCUCCUCACUGCCACCAUCAAUAACCUUUGGGCAACCCUAACUAGGCAUUUUUGUUGACAUUGUAAUGCCUGACUUGGGCGUGUGUCCCAUGAUGUAAUGCCUGACAUCAAUAAACAAAAAAGCAUGACAUCACAGGUCUGAAGAAAUCCAGGAUAUAUCUGCCAGUAUAUCUUUGUUUAUGUUGCUGUAGUUUUCUUCCAGUAUGUAACUCACUUAUGCUAAACUUGAAGUGCUCUUCUGCGGGCAGGAAAAGUGACUUCAGUGGGCUGGGACUGAAUGGCGGGAGGAAGAAAAAUCAGCAAAAAGGCAGCAACUCAGGGAUUUUUCAGGUGUUUUUCCACCUUCCUUGAAUCCCCCUGCAGCCUCUUCUCCCCUUCUCUCCCUUGGAAAAAAAUAAAGU